AUGCGCGAAGAACGGUUGCCCGAAGUUGUGCGCCAGCACGUACAGACCUCUACCGGCCUACGUCACGACGAGUCGGUGAUCUUCGGUUACACGCGGGUGUGCUUGGAAACGCGAAAGCAUCUGACAAAAGAUCCCACAGGCGUCAUUUGUGUGAAGGCCGGCCAUGGGCAACUGGGCUUCAACCCGAACCUGAAGGUGAGCCUCCAGGACCUGACGGCCCAGCUGGAAGAAGAGAUGGCGUCGGUGGCCGCCGGAAACGCGUCCACCACGUACGCGUUCGCGCUCGCCUCGUACCAGCACGAGCUCAAGCACCUGAAGACCAACUUCGAGCAGGCUCGCGAGGAGCGCGACCGGCUGCGAGUGAACGUGGCCGAAGCCAACGCGAGAUCGGCGCUCAUCGCCCAGGAAGUGGACGAGCACCACGCCCGGAUGGAGAAGGCCUCCGAGAACCGGCUGCUGACCCUGGAGAAGCGCCACACGGAGCAGCUGCGCGAGGUGACCGAGGAGCUGCAGCGGGAGCGGGAGACCACCACGCUGCAGCUGACGCGGCUCCGGCAGCGCAACGAGGACGAGCUGUCCGCGCUGCGCGCCGAAGAACUGCGGCUGCGCGCGCAGCUGGCCACGCUCGAACAGGAGAAUUGCCGCCUGGAACUGGAACUGCAGGAGUACUCGGAACGGUACCGCGAGCUCCACCGUCUGGGCGAGAGCCAGCAGAAGGAACUCGAGAGCGUCGGCCAGCUCAAGCAGAAGAUUGCGGACUUGGAAUCGGGCCAGACGUUCCUGAACGACGAGCACUACCAGAAGAUCCUGCAGGAACUCGAAGUCAUGCGCAAACAGAACAAGGAGUUGAAGGACAGCAACGACGAGCUGACGCUCGAGCUGGAGACGCUGCGCCAGCAGCUCAACUCCGGCUCGGGUUCGCGCUCCUCGGCGCACGGCAAGCGGCACCGGCGCUCGGGUUCCUGGGUGUCCGACUACUCCCGCCAGGGGGGUCUCAAGCGUCGGGGCAGCGAGGCCUCCUCGUCAGAGGAGUCGGAUGACGACAUCCCUAUUGCCGGCAAGAUCCGCAAGCGAGCCGGCUUCUCCGCGAGCACUGGCUCUGAGGGUUUGUGGCACGAACUCACGCUCGCUCACUCGUCUCAUAGCAUCCUGCCCUGCGUGGCCGACGCGUACCAGCUGACCCUGGACGCCGACGAUCUGGGCGAGGCGCAGCGGGAGCCGCUGGAGCGGCUGCGGGCCCGCUUCGAGCAGGCGCUGCGCGACAUCGAGGAGCGCUGGCGGCAGCGGGUCGCCGAUCUCGAGGCCCAGCUGUGCGGCCAGCCGGAAGUGGACAAGGACUCGAUCGACUGCGCCCAGUCGACCAUCGCCAAGCUGCAGGACGAACUGAGCAUGCGCAGCGUGCUCGCCGAGCGGCUGCGCGCCGACGUCACGGCGCUGCAGAACCAGCUCGCCCAGCAGAGGGAGCAGCUGUCCGCGGAGCUGUCCGCCCGGGAGCACGAGGUGGCGCAGCUGGGCGAGAUGAAGAGGGCCUCCGAGACCACCGCGCAGGCGCUGCAGGCGAAGCUGGAGGAAGCUCAAAAGAAGGCCGCGGACGAGUCGAACAGCAAGCGGGAAGCUUGGAACGCGGAGCGGGAAGCUCUGCUCGCGAGCAUCGAGGUGAAGGCGAAGCAGCUGAACGAACUGAAGCGCUCUCUGGCGGAUGCGACCGCUUUGAGCGGGACCGUGGGUCGCCUGCAGGGCGACGCCGAGGCUUCCUCGGCGGCUGGCGUCGAGGGCGAGACGCCCAGCAUGCAGGCCAUGUACGAGUCCAAGCUGGCCGAGGUGCGGUGUCAGGUCGAGCAGGACCUCGUGCGAAAGGUUCGCACCGACGUGGAACGCGAGCUGCGCACUAGCCUGGAGCAGAACCUGAGGCUACAGCCCAGCCGGCGAGACAGCGACCCGCAGUCGCAGCUCAAGAGGCCGCAGGACCUGACCGCCCAGCUCACCGAGGACAUCUGCCAGCUGCUCAGGCAGUGCCUGCGAUGCGGCGCGUGGACCACCACCACCGCUGCCGCUGGCACCGAUGGUGACGCCGAGGCGCUAGGGGGCGCUCGCAACCAGGCCGGCACAGGGGGCGCUAGCUGCACGCCAAGCGAUGGCGGCGACCCGGGCUGCGCGAGUCCGCACAGCGUGACGUCGGGCGCCUCGCUCCAGGAGCAGCUGGCGAGCCUCAUCGGCAAGGCCAUCGGCGCCAUCGAGGCUCACCUGGAGACGCUGCACCUGCAGGAGCACGACCGGCUGCGGAAGAACUGCGAGGAGCAGCUGCAGCGCCUCAAGCAAAAACACAUGAUGGAGCGCUUGGAGUGCGAGCUUCAGCACAACGAGGAGCUGGAGCGGCUACGGAAGCAGCAUCAGCAUCAACAUCAUCAUCAACAGCAGCAGCAGCAGUCCGGGCCAGCUAGCCAACAGCAGCCAUGCGAGCAGCAGCAGCAGCAUCAGCCGAGUGCGGUCGGCCCGAGUAAGAUCGACACCCUGCUGCGCGACCUGUACGUCGAGAACGCUCGGCUGCUGCGCGCACUGCAGCGCGCCGAGGACGGCCGCCGACGAGCUGAGCACAACAGCACCCGGCUGCAGUACAAGUGCCGCGUGCUCAGCAAGCUGCUCACUGACGUCACGAGGGCCGCGGUCGACGGCUCCAGGGUGGCUUGCGCCUGAGCCCCUCCUCCUCCCACCACCUAUUCCGUUCUUAUGGAAGAAGAAAAACACUCCCCAACCGCUGUGCUCGUUACAGUUCUCAUUUCGGGCGAAAAAAGGAAGAAGAACAGUACAAACUGCUGUUUGAACUUUUUUGGGUUACCCGCCUCGCCGCCAGGGGGCGCCGGCAGCGUUAGCGAUGUCGACGUCGGUGCCGAUAGGCGUCGUCCGUUGUCAGAAACACCAGUGAUUGUCGGCGAGAAUUGGUUGUGGCCGGCAGCGUUGGUGGAGUCGACAUUGUGUCAUAAAGAAGUGUGCAUGUCUUCAUGGUGCAGCGGACCUGAACAGUGAACUGUGUGUUCAUUUUUUUUGGUUCUCGUUUCUCUCUCAUUCUAUCGCAGUAAAGAACUGUCGUGCCGAGACCACUGAUGGUCGGAAACCUUCUUUCGGGAGUCUGUGAGCUACUGCUACAUAUAGUGUAUUUGCCUUUUUGAAGAGCCUCGUGUGUUUUUUUUAUUUUUUCAACAAAAUCGCGUAUACCUAGGUGUCAGCUGUACCUACGUUGGUGGCUUAUCGGUAAAAUUAUAUCUGUGCGCGACUUUGUGUUGCAGCUUGUGCAAUCCACUCCGCACUUUACGGAGUGAUCCCACUCCCAGAGUGAGACGAGGGAGCCUUGACCGUUCGUUCUUAGAACCGAUCUCUAGAGUAGCUAUUAGCCUUGGUUGGUAAGGUGUCUCACACAGGUGUCUCAAAGCACAGAGGCUGCUCGCUGCCUUCACACAAAAGACAGAGGCAGAAGAAUUGUACCAUUCUUUUAAACUGUUUUUUUUUUUACAUUAAACCUAAUUGCAUCUCGA